CGGGCCGCCGUCCUGCCAGCACCCAGCAUGGCGGCAGGGCAGCCCCAGGAGGCGCCGUGCCCUACUUCCGGUCCGCCCAGUGCCCCCCUUCCUGUCCUCCGCCAGCGGCGUGGGGCGAUGCGGGAAGCGGGCGGGGAGCGGAGCCCGGGGCUUGGCCCCUCCGGGCGCGGGGCUGCCCCCGCCGCCUGCCCCUGGGGCUGCGCGCUCGGCCCCGGCGGCUGGAGCGGCGCCCCGUUCUGCCCCUUCCACUGCCCGCCCGAGCGCCGGGCGCUGCCCGCGGACCUCAGCGCCAUGGGCGACGGGACUGGGGCCUGGGACGCACUCGGCCGCGGUCCCGGCUUCUGGUACUGCCCCGGGCGGCUGGAGGCGUCCAGCGAGGAGGAGGAGGAUGAAGAGGAGGAUGAGGGGUUGCAGUGGUCUUGGUCGUGGCCGUGGCCCGGUGCGGUUCCCACUGUGGUUCCCGUUGCGGUUCCCAGUGCUGAUGGCGACCCCGGCUCCACCUUCUGCGGGCUCCGAAAAGCGUUUUUGGUCCAGGACCCGCUGCGGCCGCCCCCGAGCGCGCUGGAGGCGAAGCUGCCCUGGCUGCCGGCCCCGCAGGACCUCCGGCCCACGGCAGAGGAAGCGGAGCGGAACGCGCAGGAGCUGGUGGCAGAGGAGGAGCGGGUAAAGAGGAAAGCAGAGAAGAAGAAGCUGAAGAAGAAGAAGCAGAAAGAGCGGAAGAAACGGGAGAAGCUGGGACAGGAGUCCCAAGCCAAGCAGAAGGCUGAGUCGACCCCCCCAUCCCCGAGCAGCGCUGCAGGCACCAGGCACCCCCAGGGCGGCGAUGCUGAGGAGGAAGAGGGGGCUUGGCUCGAUCCCAGCCCCGGGGACAGCGCAGCCACCCCGGGAGAGGAGGGGGGAGACCGGGAGGCCCGAGCAGAGGAGAUGGAGCUGGAUCUGGGGCUCUGCCCUCCCCGCCGCUGCCCGCAGGAGGAGCUGGACCUGAGCUGCACGUUCGUGUUCAAAGCGCGGCAGAAAGCGGGUGUGCGGCUCCCGGCGCCCGGCAGGGAGAAGCCGCCCAGGACGGACCCUGAGCGGGGCAGGAGCGCACCGGGGAAGGCCCCCGCGCCCCUGGACACCAGCGCCAUGCAGCAGAGCCUGGUGCUCGCAGGCCAGGGCAACGCGGCGGCGCUGCGAGGCCGUUACCCCGAGGCGGUGCGGGCGUUCACGGCGGCGCUGCAGCUGAACCCCCGCGAGCACCGGCUCCUCGGGAACCGCUCCUACUGCUACGAGAAGCUGCAGCGCUACGAGGAGGCGCUGGGGGACGCGGAGCGGGCGCUGGGGCUGCAGCCGCGCUGGGCCAAGGGCCUCUUCCGCAAGGGCAAGGCCCUGCGGGGGCUGCAGCGCUACGCUGAGGCUGCCCAGACCUUUGAGGAGCUGCUGCGGCUGCACCACACCGGCACCAGCACUGACACUGAUGCAGCUGCGCAGCUGGAGGCCUGCCGGGCCCUGCUGCGGCAGCAGAGCAGCCUUGGGGGGGUUCCCACAUCUCCUCCCUCCCCCAUGUCCCCCCUGUCCCCGCUGGAGGCUGCGGAGCCGGCGCUGCCCCUCCGGUCUGGGAGCAGCCACGACAAAGCCAUGGGCAUGAGUGGUUUCAUCACCAUCGGGAGCUCCAGGAUCCAGGCCCAGUGCCAGCCCCCCAGGGGCUGCUUCCCGCUCUGGGUGGGCAACGUCACCCCCCGCAUCAGCAGGAGCGUGUUGCAGCACUGCUUCGGACAGUUCGGGGAGAUUCAGUCCAUCCGGAUGCUGCCUGAGCGCCGCUGCGCCUUCCUCAACUACACCUGCAAGGAGGCGGCCGAAGCGGCCUUUGAGGCCAUGAGGGACUCCCCGGUGGAAGGCACCCUCCUGGCCCUGCAGCUCAAGCACCCAUCUCACGCCACCCCCCGCCCGCGCUGGUACCCACAGCCCUGCCCGGGGGAGCCCCUGUAACCGCCCCCCCCCCCCCCUCAGCUCCCGGUGCCUCCUGCCCGCACCCAGCCUGUGCCUUCUCCCCCCGCGGGCAGCAGGACCGGCCCCCCCGCCACCUCCCGGUACCGGGUGCAGCGGGAGGGGGGGCCGGUCCCCCCCGCCCCCCCCUCAGGGACUUGCCCCCUUUGGGGGUUUUAAUAAACCCGAGCCCCA